AUGUUGGAAACCCAAAUCUCUCAAGUAGCACAGCAACAAGCUGCUUCGACUACACCAGGAGGAUCAUUUUAUGGACAACCUCAAACUAACCCUAAAGAUCCUAGGUUAAACAACAAGCCAAAGCCACAGGAAGGAAACGUUGUGACUACAUCGGAAAAACAAGCAGUAGAAAAACUAGUAGAACCAGUGAAACCAAGAGAAGAAGAAGUUAAAGAUAAAAAAGAAGUGAAUGGUAGUCAAGUCUAUGUACUACUCCCUCCUUAUAAACCCCUGGUUCCUUAUCGGCAAAUACUUAAACAAACUAAACAAUAUACCCAAUAUAAGAAGUUCGUGAAGGUAUUUGAGAAACUUCAUGUCGAAAUACCUUUCACUAAGGUUAUUACCCAAAUACCAUCAUACGCUAAAUUCCUGAAAGACAUCUUAACAAACAAGAGCAAUCUUGACGAUCCCAAACCUUUAGAGUGCAACGCAAUUGCUGAGAACAAAGUAGCCAAGAAGGAGAAAGAUCUCGAAAGGUUUUCGAUACCAUGUGUUCUAGGAAGACAUGUUAUUGACAAAGCACUACUGGAUUUAUGCGCAAGUGUAAGUAUGAUGCCUUUAGCUGUCUGCAAUAGACUAAACCUGAGAGAUAUUCAACUAACUAGGAUGCCCCUUCAACUGGUUGAUCGAUCAGUUAAGUACCCGAUCAGUAUGUUAGAAGAUAUUCCAGAUUGGAUUGGUCAACUUUACAUCUCAAUCGACGUUUUUGUAAUGGACAUCAAAGAAGACGAAGAUAUCCUUAUUCUUAUAGGUAGACCUUUCUUAUCAACUGUUGGAGCCAUAAUAGAUGUCAAAAGAGUAAAAAUGACUUUCGAAGUAGGUGACGAGAAAGUCGAGUUUAUAAUAUCCAAGUUUCUAAAAGCAACUGCCAUUGAUGCCUCGUGUUGUGCCAUCCACAUUGUUGAUGAGUGCAUAAGAGAGUUGGAUAAGGAAUCACCUACCGAAACAAUAAAACUUCCCUCGACACCCAUAAUGGAAGACGAUGGAUUUAAAUCAAUGACACUGUAUAUGGAUGACAGUCUUUACGAAUGCCUAGCACUCACCUAG